AUGGCCCUGAAAAGUUGUCUAAACAUCUAUGAGCAAUCUAACGUAGUGGAAUUUGAUGGUAAUCACAUCGAUCUUGGUACGGUUGUGACAAAUGGCCAAGUGACUGGUUAUAAAGAUCAAGAACUGAACAUUUAUGGUUCAAGGGUGCUCAUAUCAGGAGCCGAAAACGGGACCCAACUCAGCAUUCAAGACAACCGUUGUCGACUCGAAAACACGGAACACUUCCAGGUGAUCUCAACGCAGACUUUGAGGCCAAUAUUUAGCGCGCAACAUCCAGUCGUUUCUAUUGAUGAAAAGAUAAAGAAGCUGUCAACAACUCAAAUUGUCACCAACAAGAUCCGUGCACCGAUCGAUGAAAAUUUGAAGAUACUCGCAGAAGACCUAUCAGUUCGAGGGAAUGAGGGAAUCCGAAUGGAAGCGAACACGGUGAAGUUGAGCGGUGCAACAUCCGUCACGCUCAAUACAACCCGUGACGGUUCUAUACGCCUACGGGGUCGACUGAUGUUGGACACAUCACGAGGUUUGCCACUUUCGCCGUCACCAGCCCUGUCGGCAUCUAUCGAUGCGUUUCGCGUGUGUAUUUGCGCAGGAGCACAGCCGAAGUUGUUUCUCACACCAGGUAAUAAACCUUGCGAGUCGAGUAACGCACUGUGUACCUGA